AAAAUCCAGGUUAUAAUGUGAAAAGAUAAAUCUCCUCAAAGUAGUUCCAUCCAAAAUGGCGACUCUGCGUGUUGCCAUGGUUACCAGUAAUGCUUACAAAUGCUAGCGCGAGCCCGUAGCUGAGAGCUAGUUCACCUGCAACACUUCGGCUACCUGACUAGCCACGGGUUUAAUUCAAUUACCUUUAAUUUCACUUUUUUAAAAAAGCUGAAUAAACCGCCGUCAGACAUGGAGAAAUGUGAUAUUAUUGAUUUCUCGGCGCUGGAGAAGGAGCUGAACCGCGCCGUGGAAGCGGAUAAAAAAUACCAGAGAGAAAACGACGCCAAAUUCCGUGCUAUUCACCAAAAAGUGGCCACUUAUGAAGAGUUCCGGGACAUUGUGCAGGCAUCUCACCUGAAGCCUUUAGAUAAAAAGGACAAAAACGGACCGCGGAAACAGCCCUGGAACCCGAUCAGUACCGUAAACACGGACGUGAAACACACCAGCACUGACUCUCUGCAGUCGGUGCUGGGUGAGUCGCAGCCUCGCAGCGCGUCAGAGUUCAGUCGAGACUGGCGCAGGUUUAAGGGCAGCUCGGUGGAGAAGUACGCUUUCUUGCUCAGGCUGGGUGGAGAGAACCUGAGGAAGAUGUUCCACAUUGAGGUGGGCUUCGGGCUCCUGGGCGAGUUCCUGAUGGUCCUCUGUCAGUGUUUCAGGCCCGGGGACGAGGCGGCGGUGACCGGAGUGCUGCAGGGACUCUCACUGACCGGCCGCUUCGGCCUCGGUGCGUCUCUGCUGAGUGAAGAGGAGCGUCGAGCGUGCGAGCGUCUCUUCCACAAGCUGCUGGAGACUAAUCCCAACCUCACCGAUGCAGAGCGUGAGACACAGACCGAGGAAAACACAGCGCAGGAUGAUGGGACUCGGGUGUCGGGGAAGCUCAGGGGUUUGAUGGAAAAGUAUGGAGUUUGUGAAAAUAUGAAAUAGACAGGGGAAAAAGAACGUUCAGAAUUUUAAAAAAAAUUAAAAAGUGAUGUUUUUUUUU